UACAUAGAUGGUGAGUUUUUACAUUGCGUGCUGAAGGAUCUCGCUCCUUCACAGCAGGUGGCCACAUGGAAGCGAUUCUUUGAAAGUGAAUCCAGUUUUCAUGAUCCAAAAUUGCGUUAGGUUAAGCGCAUGACUCGUGACACGGGCUGACACUAAUAGGAAUCAGUAGACCAUAAAUGUGUUCGCCAACAAAGAGACUAACUGAAAAGUCUGAGGUGCAACAACGUGAGCCGUGGCUGUAUUUCCCAGCUGCCCCGCUCUGUCUCUGCCUCAGGGGGUAAAGGAGUCGGUGGGAGAACUGCAAGUCCCAGAGGUCUCGGCAUCAGGGCUGGGAGAACAUGGCAGCGCCGUCCGCCAGCAGCAGCACGUGCAGCGGGGUUAUGGAGCGGUCUAUUCGGGAGCGGGUUCCCCCGCUGCUCACCGACUUGUACCAGUUCACCAUGGCGUACGCGUACUGGCGGGCCGGUCGCCACGAGGAGCACGCCGUGUUCGAGCUUUUCUUCAGGGACAAUCCGUUCGGCGGAGGCUUCUCGCUGUUCGCCGGGGUGCACGACUGCCUGCUGUUCCUGCGCAGCUUUCGCUUCGCAGACGAAGAUGUGGAGUUCCUGCGCUCUGUCAUGCCUCCGGACACUGACCCUGCCUUCUUCCAGUUUCUGCGAUGCCUCGACUGUUCGGGUGUAACGCUCCAUUCCGUCCCCGAAGGCACUGUGGUCUUUGCCAGGGUGCCUCUCAUGGAAGUGGCUGGUCCACUGCCUGUGGUACAACUACUGGAGACAAGUCUAUUGUGUCUUGUCAACUAUGCCAGUCUGGUCUGCACUAAUGCUGCCCGUUUCCGUCUGGCGGCAGGCCCCAAGAGGAAGCUGCUGGAGAUGGGCCUCAGGAGGGCUCAGGGUCCAGACGGAGGACUCACCGCCUCCCGAUACACACACAUCGGAGGGUUUGAUCUUACCAGUAAUGUUCAGGCUGGUUUCCUGUUUGGAAUCCCAGUUGCAGGGACCAUGGCACACUCAUACGUAACUUCCUUUACCUCCCUGGAGGAAGUGUGGCCGCAAACGCUUUCGGCGGUGAACGGGGACCACAAUCUAGUCGAUAUCAUUUCUUUAACAAAAGGCUGGCUGAGUCGUGUGUGUGAACUUCUGGGAGCAGAGCCUGGGAAGAUCCAUGAGGGAGAGCUGGCUGCUUUCUUGUCUUAUGCCAUCGCCUAUCCUCAGAACUUCCUCCCAGUGAUUGACAGCUACAGUGUUGGCUGUAGCGGCCUGUUGAACUUCUGUGCUGUGGCACUGGUACUGUGUGAGCUGGGCUACAGGCCUGUGGGGGUUCGUCUUGACAGCGGGGACCUUUGCAAGCAGUCCCUUGAUGUGCGCCGUGUCUUCAGGCUCUGCAGCGAGCACUUCUCCAUUCCUGCUUUUGAUUCCCUGAUCAUUGUUGGGACUAAUAACAUCUCAGAAGAGAGCUUGGCUGAACUCAACAGUAAGGAGAACGAGAUCAGUGUAGUUGGUGUUGGAACACAUCUGGUGACUUGCACAAAACAACCCUCCCUAGGCUGUGUUUAUAAGCUGGUGGAGGUGAGAGGAAGACCCAGAAUGAAGGUCAGUGAGGACCCAGAAAAGAGCACUGUUCCUGGGAGGAAAGCUGUCUACCGGCUAAUAGAUGCUGAAGGUCAUCCAUUUCUAGAUGUGGUAUGUCUGGCGGUGGAGUCUCCUCCAGAGGCGGGACUCCCACUGAGCUGUUACCCCCUGGGAUGUAACCACACCGCCCUCUCAGUCACUCCUGCUCGGGUCACCUGUCUGCGUCAGGAAGUGUUUAGUAAAGGACAGGUCACACAGCCUUUGUGCAGCGCUGCAGAAACUAGAGCAAAGGUCCAGAGCUCCCUCCAGACUCUGCACCCUCGGCACAAGAGACUGCAGAAGCCGGAUUCCUACACAGUGGCACUCUCCCAGAAACUCCACAACAUGGUCAAAGAGAUCCAAAAAGGAAGCAGCAACAACACCAACUUUCUUUUAGCCAACUAAAGAGAAUCAGGUGUUUCCUAAAUUGCCUCACAGAAGUUCUUUUAUUUAUAGAGCAUGGUCUGAAUGAACCCUUACAGUGGGGACACUCUCCAAAUACUGGAAAUAACAGCCGUUGUGUCGCCUGGGUUAGUCAGAUGUAACGAAUGUUUUAAAAGAAGGAUUAAAAUAAAGGUGUUUAGUGCAAAGACAGACCAUCAGGGUUAGACAGACUUUUAGACAUAUCCUUACAGUUAUGUUUUCUACAUUUGGAAAUUUUCAACAAUAAACGUCCAACAAAUCUAAAAACAGGAGCCGCACUGUUAAAUGAAGACAUGAAAGUGCAGAAAUAAUCAUAUUCUCUGAACCAGACUUUGCUGCCUUGUUGCAGGUGAAUAACAUUAAGUUCAUGUUAAGGUCGUCUGCUGAAGAAAGACGUGGUUGGAAACUAGAAAAAAAUAGAAAGCUGCCCGUGCAUUAAAUUUUUUUUUCUUCAUAUGAAUAUUAUUCUAAACUUGGGACUAAGACUCAGGUUAGUGGAUUUUUAAAAUAAAUCUGUACCUCAGACCCUUUGAUCAUGCUUUUGAAAAAGUGGCAGUAAUUACAGGUUGAUAUUUUAGUUCAUGUCAAAGAUUAUGAUUUUGUUUGACAGUUUAUAAGCUAAGGAAGUUUGAAGUAUUUGUGGUUUCUUAUCCAUAACACUUAUCACAGUAAUCAACAUUUUUAUGUAGGUGAGACUAGACAGGAUGGAGACACGGUUUUAAGGCACUGAGGAAUAUUGACAUUUCAGGUUUAGGUUCAUGACACUGUCGUCUUUUCACUUUAGUCUAGAGAAAAUCUCCAGAUUAUAGAUCAAGUUUUCUUUGUCUACAUGAUAUUAAUGUAAAAUGAUUCAUAUGUAAUAUGUAAAACACACACUUUUCAUAUUUAAUUGUAAAAUUCCAGAAUUCUUGCAAUGCAAAAAGUAAGUUAUCUUCAUAUGGGUGGUGGGGGUCUUUAAAAUUCUUACUGAUAACUUGUAUUUAACAAUAAAAUGUCAUCUUCAAUAACAAAGGCUGUUUUCUGUGAGCGAGAAAUCCCCACUUCAGUUGUAUUUACAUCCUUGAACUUUCAUGUUAUAUUACUGCAUAUUAUAACACUUUUUUUUCUUUUUUAAACCAACAAGUGUAUUGAUUGUCAUUGAGUGCUUGAUUUAUGGAACAGUUGUACCUAAUGUGUUUUUUUCUGGGCUCCUAAUAUGAAAAUAAAAUGACACAACAAUUAGGUUUUUAUCAAAUAUUUGCAUUUAUGUUUUGAAAAGGUAUGCUCAAGAUAAACAUAAAAAUGUAACAAAAAAGUUGUAAAUAAAAAAUAAUAUUCUUUGUUAGUAAUAAACAAGCCCAGUUUCGUGGUGAUAUGUUAGUAAUAAAAACCUAUUCACAACUAAA